AUGGCUGAGAAAACUGCUCUCGUUGAAAGUUUCCUGAGUUGCCAUGUGUGUUCAGAGACAUUCAGAGAUCCUUUGUCUCUGAGCUGCAACCACAGCUUCUGUUCAAGCUGCCUGCAAAAAUUCUGGGAACAAGCUGGAAACAGAAACUGUCCCAUUUGUAAAAGAAAGUCCUCAAAGGAAGAUCCAGAUGUGAACUUUAUACUGAAGGAACUGGCUGAUGUCUUUGCUGGGAGACAGAAAGCUGAAUCAUCUGAGACAGAAAAAGAAAAACAGAAAGAGGAGGCUGUGUGUGAGAAAAAUCCAGAAGUUUCUUAUUGGUUCUGUGAGGACGAGCAGAGAGCUGUGUGUCCUGCCUGUGAGUUUUCUCUGCACCAGAGUCACAAGCUGGUUCCUGUAGAACAAGCAGUCAGUGACCUGAAGGACCAGCUGAAAUCUGACUUAAAGUCUCUGCAGGACAAGAGGGACACAUACAAACAAGUGGAGGAAACAUACAAUGAAGUGAUUCAACACUCAAAGAAGCAGCUGUUGUCCACAGAGAAGCAGAUCAGAGCAGAGUUCAACAAGCUCCACCAGUUCCUGAGGGAGGAAGAGGAGUCCAGACUGGCAGCUCUGAGGGAGGAAGGGGAGCAGAAGGAAUGGACUGUGAGCAGAGAGAUGAAGAAGAUUCAGCAGCAGAUCUGCUCUCUGUCAGACAGUAUCUGUGCUGUUGAAGAAGACCUGCAGAAACACAACGUGCCAUUCCUCAGCAGUUAUAAAGCCACUCAGACCAGAGCCAGAGUCCAGUGCUCCCUGUCAGAUCCACAGCUGCUCUCAGGAGCUCUGAUAGAUGUGGCCAAACACCUGGGCAACCUGUCCUUCACAGUCUGGGAGAAGAUGAAGGACAAGGUCCACUUCAGUCCUGUCAUUCUGGACCCAAACACUGGAAGCCCCUGGCUCUAUCUGUCUGAUGAUCUGACCAGUGUGAGACGUGGAGACACAAAGCAGCAGCUUCCUGAUAAUCCAGAGAGAAACACUAAUCACUCCAGUGUUCUGGGCUCUGAGGGCUUCAGCUCAGGGAAACACAGCUGGGAGGUGGAGGUGGGAGACCAUCCUGGCUGGAUUGUGGGUUUGGCUAAAGAGUCAGCCGACAGGAAGGGGAAGCGGCAUGCUUCACCAGAAUAUGGACUCUGGUGUUUAUUGCAUCGCAGUGGAAAAUACACUAAUAGUCUUGGUGAGACUGUCAGAGUGAAGCAGAGUCUCCAGAGGAUCAGAGUCCAGCUGGACUAUGACAUGGGGGACGUGUCCUUCUACGACCCUGAAGACAUGACUCACAUCUACACUUACAGAGACACUUUCACUGAGAAACUCUUCCCAUAUUUUAGUAUUGGAGCAGCUGGUGAUGCUAAAACUGCUGACAUCAAAAUAUGUCAAACUGAUGUUUCUGUGUGAUGAUCAGGGAGGACGGUGAGGCCGAAGUGAUUCAUUAGGAUUUUUAUCAUGGUGUUGGUUUAUUGUCAGUUACAAGUUUUCAAAAAUAAUUCAGUAAAUAA